AGCCGAAGCACGAUAUUAUACGAGGGUUUACCUGUAUAAUUCGAUUGAUUAUAUCAGCGAAGUGGCCCGUGGCGCUUGGUAUCGGCGGCACCUUGAGCCGUGCCUGGUUGGAGGGGGUCAGGUCUGAGGGGAAUCACGAGGAGUGGGGGAAACGAGGAGCCCGGCAGGCAGCCAGGAAGGAGUACCGCGUGUCUGCCAUCUCUGUCUUUGGUUCAGUUCGAGUUCGGCGCGCAGCCGGUUCGUGCCUGUGUGUUUCGCGCGCGACUUCCGCCUGAUCGCUCGUUUCUUCUCCGCGGGCGACUUGCGUCGAUACUUUCGUCGUCGACAGUGUUUUCCCGUCGACUUCUGUCCGGAACGCGGUCACCGGGUCGUACUUCCGAUUAACGUUAGUAACGAGCUCUGAUUCGCGACCGUCUCGUGGCGCAUGCGCUCGCGUCUGCAGCGUUCGAUUCUUUUCUGACCAAUAGCGAGACUUCCCGCGCAUACGAGCCAAUCAGUGGGGUCCUAUUUUGAAACUAAUUCGCGAGUGACAAUCGGACUCGACAGCGAUCAUUCCCGUGUAAAGCAUCAGAGGAACAGAAGACGACCAUGGUGUGACUCGAGUGGCGAAAGAGAUCUUUCGGAAAGUGUGUGGUGAUUGGUUUUGUUGGUGUUGUUUGAUACGUUUCUGGGAGAAGGAAGCCCGUUGGUACCUGGGCCUCGUUUACAUCGGUUUACUCAUGCUGGGAGUUUUGAAGCGGCGCUGGAAGCCAUCGAAAAGGGCUUCCAGCGUCCGCGGACCCGAUUCGCCCCUCAACUCGGAUCUGGCGCUUGAUAAGCCUCGCCCCAUACCAUCGCCCAGACAAAUUCAUCCCCUAUACGGCGAGAAGGCAGGGCUGCUGGGCUACUGCGAUCCCGUUGGUAACGCAGAGAAUUUCCCACCAGCCCCUAACAUCGUCGUCGAGGGUGGCAGAAUCGAGUUCGUGCGCCCCUCGCAAGAUGGCACCACCACACCACGCAGGAACACCAUGUCCAGGGGGUCGCAGACCUUCAACGACGAGCAAGAGAAGUCCGAUCCUGCGAAGGAGAGUCUGGAGGAACGAGUGCAAGAAUUGGAGCAGGCAUUGCAAGCGGAACGGAUCGCUGCGCAACGCGAUCGAGCGACGAUCACGAAACUGCAACGACAAAUCAACAAGAGAGAAGCUACGCAACGAGAUGUGGAACGCGAACGACGACAACGAAUGGAGGCCGAAGCUCGGGUACGCGAGGCUACGGCUGAAGCUGAAAGAGCACGUUCCAGAGUCCAUCACCUUCAGAGAGAAUUGGCCAGGAUGGAGGAGUCGUCCCGGGGGCUGUUGCAGCACAAGCACAGGGCCGAACAGCUGAAGCAAGAGAAGACUGCACUAACACUUUCUUACGAGGCACGCGUACAUCAGUACCAGGCACAAAUCUCGAAGCUACAGCUAGAGAACGAGUCCAUGAGGGGUCAGCUGCGCGGUUUGGAGGUUGCAUGCGCUGGUGAAGUGCACGCUGCGCUUGUGGCCCGCCUGGCGACCUUGGAAACGGAGCACGCCGCUUUGGCGCGGGACGCCGACGCCCAGCGUCGCCAGUACGAGCGGUGCUUGGACGACGUCGCCAACCAGGUGGUCCGCGCCCUUCUAUCCCAAAAGGGUCUGAGGGAAGAAAUCGGCGCGCUGCAGAGGCGUAUUCGCGAGCUCGAAGCGCAAAAUCGAGCGCUUUCGGGGUUGUUGGCACAAGCAGCGAGUCCUGGAAGUCCGUCAGAAUUGAUUCAAGGGAUCCUCGAAGCUGGACCAGCGGCCGUGGUGGCUGCUCUUGGUUUGGAUCCAGCUUGGGUUCCUCUGUCUAGGCCUCGGUCUCUCAAUUUACAAAUACCCGUCAUGGCGGCCACGAAGUCUCGAAGAAACAGACCCUUGGCUCAGAAACCGUCAGAGGAGGAGGGCAGCGAGAGCCCUGAGAGCGGAAACAGGGACGAGGGUUACUCGACAAUGUCCAGCGACGUUCAGGGUGAGGGCGCGCGACAGGAACCCUCCCGAGGGUUGGAGGAUCUGAAGGAAGCCACCGACGAGACCGAGGCGGAUGUUUCCCCAGAUGCACGACUGGUCGCCCUCGACGCUGGUGAUCCGGAUGUUCUCUUCUUGCCACUGAAUCUCACCGUGGGAAUAAAUCCACGUCACAGCUACCCGCCGACCAAAGACUUGCUGCCGUAUCAGCACGUGAUGCGCAGCUUCUCUGACAGUCACUUAUGCCUCAAGCUAACCACUACGACCAAUUUUACGCCGUACAAGCUACCGAGCCCCAUGGGAUCGUCGUCUCUGCUCCUCGUCGAGGAGGAAGCCUGGGAUGCAGAGUACGUGCAACAGUGGCUCAGGUUGGACGACAGCAGAAGUGCUCAACAACAUCGAGAUCUCCUCGAGUUGGAAUACGACAGAGCAGAGCUAGAAGAUUGGAGUUUCUCGUUGUCCACCGAGGACCUUGUUCAAAAUGAAUCCACGGUAUGGAAGGAGCCCGCCCCCACCGUCACUCCUGCGCUUCCAGCAAUCAAGGAAUAUAAUCCUCUGGAAUUGGAAGAGGACGCAAACGAAUGCUUAUGGAAUGGUGCCAGUUAUCUCGCUGAUAAAACAGGAGGAGAAUUGGUUGCUCUUCUCAUGGACGCCAGAGCGACCGGAUCGUGGCCCUACGCUACGAGUCCCGGUGCUUCCUGGAGCAGCGAGGAGGGUGCGCUGGAGAGCUCCAGCAAAAGGUCGUCAGCGGCGUUGUCCGGCUGCAGCGACGAUCCAGACUCUCCAUCCAUCGGCACCGACUUCACCAGGGACUUCUACAGGCUGGUGAAGUUCGAAAGCACAAAAAGCUUGGCCAGCACGUCUUCGAGAAGCGGAAGACCACCGCCUGACAGAGAACAAGCCCUCCAGAGCGUCCUGUCCUUUAUCGCCGAGCAGCAAAUGUAUUUAGCCGACCUGCCGAGCAAUCUUCUAGAACACAACGCGCCUCUUACAACGGAAGUUCUAGAGGAUUCCGAGAGCAAAGACGAGUGUGAAACGGAGGCAAUGUGUGCCGAAAUAGAGGCGUCUGUCGAACAGGAUAACAGCACUGUGGAAAACGCUGUUGAAACAAGCAGUAACGAUGAUUUGCUGGAUCAGAUACCCGUACCCUCUCUGGCGCCAGAGGAGAGAAUAAUCAGCGCAGUGGCUUGUAACGGUGGCGUCUCUUACACCACGGUGGCGCCAUCCGAAUUAGGCGCCGUUCCUGAAGAAGACGAGGAGGCGGCUACUUCCUCGACGCCGAGCACUGUUGUGAGUCCAGCAAGAGCACCAGCACCUCUACUGAUCGAAGGCAGGGACCGAUCGCUGAGCUUCCACGAACGCGCCACGUCGAAGGACGUCAUAGACGAACUGAAUCGAAUGAUCAGGAAAGGCGAAGAAAGCACCCUCAACCAAGACAACCACUUGCCGCUCGAGAAAUUAGACCUCGCUUGCUGCUGUCCAACUGGAUGGGUUCACGUUGAACGAGACAUUGACUUCACCGACCCAAAAGCAAGAGCCAAUCUUUUAGACGUGAUGCUAGCGAGCAGCGAGAGUUCCUCGGCGACAUCGAGCAGCGGAUCAGCAGGAAGUGACUCGGGGGAUGAACCACCGGAUUACCGUCACUUGCACAGAUUACACCGAUACCGACGACAAAAGAAAGCAUCGGCGGCCCAGGCACACCGUGUGCUGCGUUUGCCGUCCACCUGGGGCUCGUCGAGGCCGUCGAUCAUUGGACGAGGUGACGACUUCUUCGUGCGAUACGGGGACAAGGAACGGGAAGCUGUGGCCUCCUUCGACUUCCUCGAUGAGAUCGUGCCGCCAUCCUCGACAGGCUCCAACGCCAGUCUCAUCGACUUGGAUGACACUCCGUCUGCCAAGCUUCAUAGCGACAUCAUGAAGCUCUCCCCGCUAUAGAAUCAGCUUCGAGCCAGGAAUCUUCUCUGAAACUAAUCAAGAACUCUUGUCGAGGAUAGACAAACCGCAGAGACGAGCAAAAUUCAUCUAGAUGACAAUUUUAAUUGAUGAAUCCGUCACUUGGUGAAUAAAAAUUAAUAUUUGAAUUGCAGAAUCGAAUAUUUCCCGUAAAUAUUCGUACCCUCUAUGUCCAUUGAAGAAAUUUGUUUAAAUUAAAUGGUAGAUUUGAUGUUUCCAAGUGUACAUAUUUAUAAUGAAAAAUUCAUUUGGUGAUAUGAAAAGUAUUUUUUAAUUUAAUGAAACUUCUUCAAUAGACAAAGAGGGUAUGAAUAUUUAUGAGAUUGACUGUAUGUAUUAUUCGAAUAAAAUUUUGCCCAUCUCUGGCGUAUUGUUUCGUUUGAUGAUCAAAUUUAAUGAUCCUUUUUGAGAGCUUGAAUUUUCUUUUAGUUACAGAAAUCUGUCCAAAUAUUAGAAUGCUCCCAGUUAACACAACUAAAACAAGCGCUAAAAUUACUGGCACAGCGUUGGUGCACGAGACACAGGAAUAAAAUAAAUUAACGAACCAAGCGAACAAACGUAUGUAUUGUGAUUUGUCUAUCCGUGAUAAAACUUCUCAACAUGUGUGUCUUUCUGGUCUCUAGCUACUUACAGUUUCUUACUGCAUCCUUAUUGAACUCACUGUCGAAUGUUUGAAUCUGUAAAAAGGGUACUCGUUUUCCUAUAAGUAAGAACUAUCGAUCUUUAUCCAGUUACGUCUUCGGUGCAUUAAAGUUUUUGUACAUCCUUAAACAACCAGUAUCGAAGGUAACUAAGACUAAGAGCAUCAUUAACUUGCUUUCUUAUAUUAUUUGAAAUCUUCCUCUUAUUAAGAUAAUCGGUAAACUGUUUAUGAUUAGUAGACGUCAUCGCGUCUACGUUAUAAAAUAAUGUAAAUUCUACAUUGCAAACAAUUUUCAUUUGAACGAUGCGGUCCUUUCUCGAUUACUUAUUACGCCUCUAAAUAAGGGGGCGAGCAGAAGACAAUUACCGUACUUGAAAUGUACCCUUGCUCACAAGAUGGAAGUAGAUUUCUUAAUUACUAUAUGUAUACAAAUAACACUGGAAGUAUGAGUAACUUUGCGUAAAAGGUGGUCAAAACACUAUUAGGAUGUAGCGUGUACAGUGAAUACAAUUUACCACGACGAAGGAGACCCUCAUAGACUGGUAACUAUGACCGUACUUCGUGCUGCAAACUUGAUAAAAAUAUCAUCGGGAUCGCGUUGAGUAUCUCCAAUAGAACUUCCAUCGAUGAUCUUGUUGACCUAGAUCACAAUAAAUAAUAGUACGGUGACUUUAUUAAAAUCGUUUUUCAACGUGCAACGAGUAUUUUGUCAUUGAAAUCGCGCACAGGCAAUUUGACUUACACAUCUAUCGUUCCAACAAAACAAUUUUUGAAAUUUUGGGGAGAAGUUAGUUACCGAUAGAACCAAGUGCGGCUCUAAUACAUUUCGUUAAUUAAAAACGUAUCGACGUUACGUUGAACGAGUGCAAGUGAUAGAGUAACUGUUUCUAUAUUUUUCAACAAAACAUUUAUGAUUUAAAUGUAACGCGGUGUUGCGCGUCAUCUUCCGAAACUGAGCUUAGAAACUGUAGAUUAAGAUUAUCCGACGGUUUUUUAUAAAUACGACUUUCUACUGUUCCCUGGACGAUCGUCGUUAAAAGUUAGGGAUACAUUGUAACCUAUUAUUAUUUGCGAAAAACACGUAUUACAAGUGCGUAUUACUUCCGUUCCGUCUUUAGCAAAUAUGUAUUGUCUCCCAGGCCUGUCGCAGGAUGGGCCAGUCGGACCUUACACUUACAGGAGCCUCGAAUUUACAUAAGAGAUACUUAGGACAUUUGUAUGCUCUCGUAAUCAGCUCACGAUUUAAUGAUACUAAUAGUUUUGGUACGAAAAACAAUAUUAUCGAGUUCUUUUUUUAAAGAGCCCCUAUGCUUACAACUUCAGAUGUCUUCUUUACCUGCGGGAUAAUGGACAACUGCAGAUGAACUCUUGAUCGCUCAACACGAAACAUAAAUUGAUUGUAGCAUAUUGUAAUUUUUAUUGAAUAGAUAACAGAUCAAAAUAAAUUAUAUAUUAAUGGACGAGUAAUUGGACAUAGAAAAUGAUAGAUGACGUCUUAGCAUUAUAGACGAGUUGAAUUAGAACGUGUAACGAUGUUCUUUGUACCAAAAAUAUUAUUUAUAAUACAAAAUGGUUCUUUUUUUUGUCUGAAAUAUAUAUUUGGGGCCUCUAAAGGUAAACGACCUGGCCCUCUGUUAAGCUCUGAGAGGUCCUGAGUCUAUGUAUCUUGUGAAUCGUAAGAUAGUCCGAGAUUCGAGUGAACACGUGAGUUGUAGGCUGUAGAAAGAAAUGAAACUCGCAACAAAGUAGUAACGUUACGAUCAAAACGCCGUACCAAGUAGAUAUUUCGUUGUAAUUUGUACGAAAUUUACCCUACUCCGAGAACGUGACGUUUGGAAUAACGAUUGAUUUGCGUUUGGUCAAAUUACUAGGGAUAAUAUCAUUAGUCCGUAUUAACGUUAAGAUGAUGAAUCGAUAGAAAUCGAGAUAUUUUACACGUAGACAUAUUAAACACGAUGGAUAUUUUCAAUAUUUGAAACGAAGACUGUAUGGGUACAAAGUUGUCUUUUGCGUUCAACCGUUUCUACGCUAUUCUUCGUACCAUAUUCGUAAGUCUAACCACCUCUGUUCAUACAUUAAUUGAACUGAAUAGAUAAGGCACGUAUGACAAAACCGGAAAUCCAAUUUUACGUUGUCGCGCGUAAUCAACUAUAAAACGGAUGUGUCGUAUAUAAUUUGUAUCUAGUUAAUCAUAGAAAUGUUAUCGUAUUGUAUUACUAAUUUUAAUAUUUAGUGACUACAACGAACAAGUUCCGACGAAAACAACUUUUGUCCUGCAGUCUCAGAGUAAUCGGUUAAUGAUAUAGAUCUAAGUUACACGUAAGUUACAUUAUAUCGAGAAUUCGAUUACUAAAGCACUGCUCCCUCCCAAUCGAAGGAAAACAACUACCAGGAAAUUGAUCAAUAUCCGUAAAAUGUGAUUGGGAAAAUUUGUAAAUAGUAUGUAUUAUAGCACAACAGAUGUAAGUUAUCCUCUCUUGAACUUAAUAAAUAACGACAAUAUAACGAAUGUAAAGACGCAUGAUCGAUGUUCAAUUUAGAAAACCGUUCCUAUAAAAAUAUUAUCGAUAUAUAUUAUCAGUCCAUUUAAUCGUAUCAUCUAUUACGAUAGACCCGUAAUUCAAUAAACAAUUGAUUAAAUUUACUUACGUCGAUGUUUCAUUUGCAUGUAAAUAGCUGUGAUAAAUAUAUUCGAUUACUCGGUUAAGAAAAAUUAGAAAUACGAUAAAUUGUACACAUAAAAUCCUACAAAAAUCGGAAACUCUAUUAUUAAAAAUGUACGUUUAAAAUUUUAUUUUCUUUAUUUAACGAAGCCGCCAUAUUGGUCAUUUUAAGGACGAGGAAACAGGUUAAUUUGGACAAAACAGAUUUUAUUAAAAGAGAGAUAUAUAUGUAAUAUAUCAUUCGACAUUACAUUUCGAAAAAUAAUAGUGAAUACGUGCUGUACAAACAACAAUAUGAAUUGUAUUUUAUAAAAGCAUCUGUAAGCGAUGUGUAAUACUUAUCAAAAUAUUAUUAUAAAAAUAUUUUUUUAUACAAUCGCGAAACUACAUAUAACACGCACUGUGAUUUAGUAUUUCAUUAUCCAAGUUAGAAUACUUUAGAAUGUAACCUGUAAUUUAGAAAAUUCCAAUUAUAAUCCGAAAAAAUUCCAAUUACUGAUUAGGAUCGUUGGUAAGAAAAUAUUUUCAAUUAUGUGCACAAAUGCUAGGUAAGUUGUAUGUUAGAUAUACAUGUUAUGUAAUUUGACAACAUGAAAAAAAAAUCACUGAGUCUCUAGAAAUAAUUUGCACCGGUUAUUAUUAUUAUUAUUAACAUUAUUAUUAUUAUUAUUAUUAAAAUUAAUAUUAUUACUAUUGUGUUCCGUAUAUGGUAAAUAAAAAAUAUAUUGAAAUUAAUGGAAAUAUCAAAAUAAAAAAUACAUUAAAUAAUAUGUUUAUACAUUCAAUAUCACAUAUAAAGGUCAAAGCUUAAACAAAAA